AUGGCUCAGAACGGCACUGUCCCGCACGCUGGCCCUAAGGGUCGUUUCCUCUUCACCUCCGAGUCGGUCGGUCAAGGUCACCCCGAUAAGUUGGCUGACCAGGUCUCCGACGCCAUCCUCGAUGCCUGCUUGAAGGAUGACCCGGCCUCCAAGGUCGCCUGUGAGACUGCCACCAAGACUGGUAUGGUCAUGGUCUUCGGUGAGAUCACCACCAAGACCCGUCUGGACUACCAGAAGGUCAUCCGUGACGCCAUCAAGGACAUUGGUUACGAUGACUCGAGCAAGGGCUUCGACUACAAGACUUGCAACGUCCUCGUCGCUAUUGAGGAGCAGAGCCCCGAUAUCGCUCAGGGUCUCCACUACGAGGAGCGUCUUGAGAACCUCGGAGCUGGUGACCAGGGUAUCAUGUUCGGAUACGCCACUGACGAGACCCCCGAGUACUUGCCUCUCACCAUUCAGUUGGCCCACCAGCUGAACGCUGCCAUGACCGACGCCCGCAACGACGGUACCCUCCCUUGGCUCCGACCUGACACCAAGACCCAGGUCACCGUUGAGUACGAGCACGACAACGGCGCCGUCGUUCCGAUCCGUGUCGACACCGUCGUUAUCUCCGCUCAGCACGCCGAGGAGAUCUCUACCGAGGACCUCCGCAAGGAGAUCAAGGAGAAGAUCAUCCUCAAGACCAUCCCCGCCAAGUACAUCGACGACAAGACCAUCUACCACAUUCAGCCCUCCGGCCGUUUCGUCAUUGGUGGUCCUCAGGGUGACGCCGGUCUUACCGGCCGAAAGAUCAUCGUUGACACCUACGGUGGUUGGGGUGCCCACGGUGGUGGUGCUUUCUCCGGAAAGGACUACAGCAAGGUCGACCGGUCUGCUGCCUACCUCGCCCGGUGGGUUGCCAAGUCCCUCAUCAAGGCUGGCCUUGCCCGCCGUGCCCUCGUCCAGUUCUCCUACGCCAUUGGUGUCGCCGAGCCCCUCUCCAUCUACGUUGACAGCUACGGCACCUCCUCCAAGACCUCCGACGAGCUCGUCGAGAUCAUCCGCAAGAACUUCGACAUGCGUCCCGGUGUCAUCGUCAAGGAGCUUGAUCUUUCCCGCCCCAUCUACAACAAGACUGCCAAGAACGGUCACUUCACUGACCAGAGCUUCACCUGGGAGCAGCCCAAGGAGCUCAAGUUCUAA